AUGAAGGUCAGAAGUAGUGCGCUCGCAGGCGCAUUGUUGGCGGCGCAGUCGACGAGCGCAAUCAACUUGGUUACGACCGAUGUGGACAGCAUCAAGACGGCCGCAUCUACAAUCGCGCAUGGUAUGAUGAGCUACUACACUGGCAACCUGACGGGUGGCACGCCUGGCUUGUUGCCUGCGCCAUACUAUUGGUGGGAAGCUGGUGCUAUGUUUGGUAGUUUGAUCGAUUACUGGUACUAUACCGGCGAUUCGACAUACAACGAUGUUGUUUCGCAAGCCCUGCUUUUCCAAACCGGACCAGACAACGACUUCAUGCCUCCCAAUCAGACCAAGGCCGAAGGAAACGAUGAUCAAGGCUUCUGGGGCAUGGCAGCCAUGUCCGCGGCAGAAGUCAAGUUCCCCAACCCUCCAGCCUCCGACCCACAAUGGUUGGCACUGGCGCAGGCCGUCUUCAAUUCCCAGGCGCUCCGAUGGGAUAACAGCACAUGUGGUGGCGGCCUGAGGUGGCAAAUCUUCACCUUCAACAACGGGUACAACUACAAGAACAGCAUUUCCAACGGCUGCUUCUUCAACUUGGCCGCUCGCCUAGGAUAUUACACCCAGAACCAGACAUAUUUCGAAUGGGCUGAUAGGAUGUGGGACUGGGUCACUGCUGUUGAGCUUGUCAGCCCGACUUACCAGGUCUUCGACGGUACCGAUGACACUCUCAACUGCACGCAGUUGAACCAUAUCCAGUGGACUUACAAUGCUGGCGUGUAUCUGCUCGGUGCAUCUGUCAUGUGGAACCAGACCACCGGCGACACCCAAACCAAAUGGGAAGGACGUAUCAAAGGCCUCGUCACCGCCUCGUCCGUUUUCUUCCUCAACAACGUCAUGUAUGAAGUCGCCUGCGAACCUUCUGGCAAUUGCGACACCGACCAGCAAUCCUUCAAAGCCUACCUCUCGCGCUGGAUGGCCGCCAGCACAAAGGUGGCGCCCUUUGUCUCCGACCUCGUGUCCACACUGCUCACCGACUCCGCAGCCGCAGCAGCCAAAAGCUGUACUGGUGGCAAUGACGGCGUCACUUGCGGCACCAAGUGGACUACGGGGACCUGGGACAAUACGUGGGGUGUUGGCCAGCAGAUGAAUGCUUUGGAAGUCGUGCAGGGCUUGUUGAUCAACCAGGUGGCGGGACCCGUGUCGAAUUCGACCGGCGGGACUUCGCAAGGUAACCCAUCGGCUGGUACCGGUGGUGAUACCAGGCCUGGUGCUCCUACCCAGCAGAUUACCACUGGUGAUCGUGCGGGUGCCGGGAUUUUGACCGCGAUUAUUUUGGUGGCGCUUUUGGGUGGUGCUUGGUGGAUGGUGGCUUAG